UAUUUGUGCAUUAUUUUUUUUCGUAGCUUUCUUGUACACUACAAAAGCAUUUACUACUGAUAGUCCAUGCAGAUAUUCUGUACCCAAUUUGCGGUACCACUUCACGCCCUUCCUCAAAGCAGUAGCAUAAGAACAGUUCUGUGGUGCGAUUCACUAACACAUUUUAUCGAUAUUCGCUUUGUUAUCUUUCCUUAACCAUAAUUUUUACGAUUUUGCUAUUCAGUAACCCAUUUCAUUACGAAAAUCGACAAGACAAAAUCAGCUGUUUGGUUAACCUGUCGAUUAUCGCGAACUAAACGACAAUAAUUUUGGUGUUGUUAAAUCAAACGAUAAAGAAGAAUUAGUGAUUUUAAUCAAAACUGUGAAAUUAGUUGAAAAAAAACUUAUUUAAAAAGCGUGAGUAUGGCGUUUGAGUAUUUGGCUUACGAUUUAUCGCGUGGAGAGGAGGAAGUGAGCCCUCAAAUAGUUGAUCGAAGUUUGCUCCGGCAUGUGGACAAUCCUUUCGAUUUGGAUGCAGGGGAGUUCCAGAAGUUAUUCCGUUUAACUCCAGACUUGACUGAGGACGUAGUUUCGCAGCUUGACAGCCAUCUUAGAGGUUCCAGAAUAACAGCGAUUUCGACUGAAAAACAGGUUCUAGCUGCACUGCGAUUUUUUGCAACCGGGUGUUAUCAACGACCCGUAGGUGAGCAAUGGGGAAUAUCUAUGAGCCAGUCGUCCGUUAGCCGUAGCAUUCAUCGGGUAACAGCUGCAAUCAACAGCUCCAUGUUUUGCGCAAAGGUGAGAUUUCCCAUGACCCAAGUGGAGCGGCAAGCGGCAAAAGAAAUUUUUGCUUCAGCAACCUCCCCGUUUGUGGGAGGUACCAUUGGAGCUAUCGAUUGCACGCACGUGUCAAUUUUGGCCCCGAAACGUCAUGAAGAAGCGUAUGUCAACCAUCACGGCUACCAUUCGCUUAAUGCCCAAAUGGUAACAACAUAA